UACUCUUUAUCCUUUUUCUUAUAGGAGCUGUUGUACAUAUAUACUCAUUUCAAGUCCACAAAAAUACGGAAAAAAUAAAAGAUUUGGAGAAAAUGUGCAAAAAUACCAAAACCAAUCACGAGAGAAAGAGAUAACUUGCUUCGAUUACUAACCUCAUCGUGCGCCAUCAAGCUUCCUUGCCCUUAAACCCGUUAACCCUUCUACAGUAUUCGCUCUUAAAGCUUUGGGAAUUUGGUUUUUGAAUGGUUGAUAGAGUUAUCGGAUGGGAGCUCAGAAGAGCGUCCAUGCUGGCAAAGCCAAGAUAGACUUCAAUGUUGAUUUCACGCACAGGCUAUGUGCUGCUAUGAUGGUUCAUUCUUUCAGAAAUUCAGGCACUAGUAGUCCACUUUCGCUUAUUGUUGGGAGCCUUUGUGUAAAACACCCUAACUUAUUUGGAAAGAGUGAGAAGCUUGAUCUAUUGUGGGAUAAAGGGCUUUCAGAUUCCAAUAUAUUGAUUGCUUACAGGAAGCCUAGGCCUGAAUGGCUGGCUCAACAUUCUUUUGUCUUUCAGCACUCGAUCUCGCCUGAGGUUGGGAUACAUGGUGUGCCUGUUGACAACUUCUCAAAAACAGGGAGUGGAGGUGUCAAUCUAUGCCGCUUCUCUGCAGGCCUAGAUCUCGACGAGCCUGGAACUUCCAAUUGGACCACCAAAACUAGUAUAAAGUUUGAGCAUGUCCGUCCUGUCAAUGAUGAUGGCCGCUCAAUAAGUAGAGAUCUUCAUGGAUAUUCAGUGACUUCCAGCGGUAAUUUUCAUGAUAAUAUGGUAGUACUGAAACAAGAGUCCAGAUUCGCCAAAGCAAAUGAUCAUAGUUUCACUCGGUUUAGUCUACAAAUAGAACAAGGAAUUCCUCUUAUGUCAAAGUGGUUAAUUUUUAACCGGUUCAAGUUUGCUGCAUCGAAGGGAGUCAAAGUUGGUCCUGGAUUUCUCUUGGCAAGCGUUACAGGUGGUUCUAUCGUAGGCGAUAUAGCUCCAUACCAAGCAUUUGCAAUUGGAGGGGUUGGUAGUGUACGUGGAUAUGGUGAGGGUGCGGUUGGAUCUGGUAGAUCUUGUUUGGUUGCCAACACUCAACUCACAUUCCCUAUGAAUCUGAUGCUUGAUGGUGUUCUCUUCUGUGAUUGUGGAACUGAUUUGGGUUCUGGUCGCUAUGUUCCCGGAAACCCUGGUCUAAGACAUGGUAAACCGGGAGCUGGUGUUGGUGUUGGAUAUGGAGUCCGGUUAAAGUUCCCGAUGGGCCAUUUUCAGAUUGUAUCGCUACAUCAACAAUCUAUUAAAAAAAAUCUUAAAGCACAGAAGAAUAAGGGAGCAAGUGUGUUUCGAAUUGAGGACUUGCCUAUUCAUAGGCGACGCCGUUAGCCCUGACCUAGAGGCUCAUUUUGUUUAUUGCUUCUUAAAAUUUGUAUAUAUUAUGGAAGAUAAUUAACACAUAUACACAUGCAAAAGUUGGUUGAAAAGAGGACGAGUUAGGACGAAUAAUCAAAGAGCUUACCACCGGUCCAAAGAACAAAUAAACGUUUUAUUGCCCCAUUUCUUUUACAUAUUCCAUAUAAGAAUGUGAAAUACAUAUAAAAG